AUGGACUCAUCGCAUUCUACACUCACGUUGCACAGCAACGUGAGUGAUUGGUUGUCUUCACCUACAUCGUCUUCAGCUUCUCCAGGGCCUAUGGGUUUUGGCUCUGGGUUCUUUCACCAGGAGAACGAUUCGGUGGAAACAAUCACCUUGGAUAACCGUCACCGUAGAGUUUCGAACUCUAACAAGACGGUUCCUUACCCAGAGACACCCAGAUCCGGUUUCGGUAUCACACAUGGUUGCUCCAACGCCGGCCAUAGUAUUGACAGUUUUAGUAACAAUAGCAACAGUAACAAUAAUGACAACAACGAUGACGACAAAAAUAACAGUAACACUAAUGAUAGCAAUGACGAUAAUGGUGACGAUAUUACAAAAUGUAUCAGUAAUUUAAGCGUAUACGAUCUACUCAGCAGUACGCAGACUGCAAGUUCGAGUAGUGAAAAUUCAAGUUCGGAUACAAGUGAUGGUGGAUCAGAGACUGAUAUAGAAAUGGACCAUAGUCAAAAACUGGCGAUUAAGUCAGCACUUUCUGUUAACAAUGCGCCAGUAGCUUCCACUGCCAGUUCUGCUAUUACUGGUAAACUGUACAGACAAACUUCGCAUCCACCUAUCAUGAGAAAGUUGAAAUCCUCGUUGAAACUUUCUUCUGCUUCGAGUCAAUCGUCUAUUUCUUCAAGUAAAUCGGUAAGAUUUGCUUCUGAACUAACUAAAGUGAAAAGGUUCGACUCUUCCAGAGAACCUGUUACGAUUUCAAAUGAAACAUCUCCUCAAGUAUCUCCACUAGAUCAUGAGUCACCAAACUCCAGAGCUUCGUCUGCUUCUACUUCGUACGCAUCAAACUUAGUUAGCAACUUGGAUCCUUCUGACUCUUUUUGGUUUGGAACUCAACUCUCAAAGAUGAACUUACCCCUAUCGAAAUCAAUUCCAAAAUUCUCGUUGUCUGAUUCGGAUAAUGAUUUGGACGAUUCGGAUUCAGAUUUCGAUGUAGAUUACUUGAAUGAUCAACUAAACAAUAAUUAUCACUACAUGCCAUCGAACAAUUCGAAGUUUUCUUCUAAUAAUAAUUCAAAUUCGAAUUCAGUACCUAGUUCAAGUUCUAACUCAAAUACUUUUUCUCAUAACAGUUUCAAAUUUAGGAUGAAUGGUAGCAAUGAUACGAUGACUGAUUAUGACUUUAACAACAACUCCAACAGUUUCAAUAAAGAAAACAUUAAUCACCAAAAUGGUUUUAACUUCAAUUUUAACACUUCACCUACAAAGGAUCCAAUACAAAUCAAAUCUUGGAUCCUCAAAGGUACCAACAUUAAAAAAUUCUAUCCAACGUCGCUGGACAUUAAUCAGGACCUAUCAAAAUAUUUGCAAGGUAAUAAUAUCAAGCUUCACGAAUGUAACUCAUUACAAUUAUCACAAGGUAAACUAACUGGAUUAAUUUAUGUGAAUAAUUUGAGUUUUGAAAAGUUCAUUGAAAUCAAGUUCUCCUUCAAUGGAUGGAAAGAUAUUCACUAUGUUACUGCCAAUUUUAAGCGUACAAUCACUGACACCGUUGACGAAUUUCAAUUUCUAAUCAAUUUAUCAUCUUUUGUUUAUUUUCUAAAGGUGAAGAACUUGAUUUUGUUUAACUCGUUGAUUUCUCCUUUAACCAUUCAACUUUGUUGUAGGUACGAUGUUAACGGAGAAACAUAUUACGAUAACAACAAUUACGAAAACUAUCAAGUGUCAUUAGACGCUAUAACCAAUUUGAAGCAAAAAUCAAAGAAGAAAUCAAAUCGCCACCGGCUGCUGAAGUCAUCAUCCAUUAUGAAGAGAUCUUUGAGUUCAGAUAACUUUACGACUGACGGUAAUUAUAAAUUUGCUUCUCUAUCUCCGGUACCAUCAUCAGUAGAUCAUACGAAAUUAGUUCCACCGAAGUUGGGUAGAAGAUUCUCUGAAGACACUGAUUUUUUCAACUCUUCACCAUUGAAGAACGUUUCUCCAAAUUAUACUACGACUCCGUUGAAUCAAAAAGAUCCAAAGUACGACGAGUUAAUCAAAUCCUACUGUUUCUAUGAUCCGAACUCCGCUGCUGCAUCAUCGAGUGAUAAAUCUAAUAGAUCGAUGACAACUGAAACAGUUCCAACUUCAGAUACUAAUUCGACUACUAAUUCCACUGGUAGUCCAGCUUUUCUAAACUCAAAUUUACCAUCUGAGAAUUGCAUUCCUUCGAAGAGAGAUUCACCAAAGCUAGACACUAUGAAAAGUUCGAAAUGCUGA